GCCACAGCUGAAUACGGACGUGUUGUGACGUGACGCGUUGAGUCGUCGAGUCGUCGAAUCGUUGAGUCAGUCGCCUUCAGUGUACCGAAAGUUUUCGACUUUGGUCUGUCCGAGUGCGCCCAAGGGCUGACAACAACACAAACUGUACACAAAAAGAACAAGAGGAGCACGACGAGGAAGAAGAAGAAGGAGGAGGCAGAAGCAAAGCAAAUACAAGAAAUUCAACUAAACGAAUACAAAGCGAGUGUGAAAAGCGUGUGUACAAAAUAAAAAAUUGAAAUCAAAGUAUGCCCAGUGCAUUAAUGUGAACGCGUCGGUAGUGCUUACCUUGAAAACCGAAUCGUAGCGGUCCCCGAUGCCAUUUCCGAUGCGUUGCGAUACGAUUCGAUGCGUAAAACGCGUGUGGCUGUGACAAAUUUGGUGGCCAUUCGAAGCGGAAAAUGUAAGCCACCGCAGCUUGAGCGGAAAAGGCCUCUCAGUGCGUAGGCUCCGAAGUGAGCAAAGCGGAAAGCGAGCGACGACGUUUCUAACUCUAAAAACUCUCUCUCUCUCUCUCUCGCUGUGUAACUACUACAACUAUAUAAAAGGUCUAUAUAACUAAAGUCUAUAUAAAUAUACCUGCAAUCUAAGCACUCAGCUCUACACUCAGCUCUAACUGUGCGUGUACUUCUAGCGAGCUAUAUCCCGUUAAACAACAACACACUGCUUAUUAGAGCCCCACAAAAUGCUGCCAAUCUUCGCCUGAGUCAGUCGAAGUUCGAAUCAAAGCCCAAUUUAGCCCAAAACCUAGAAAUAAACUGUGAUCAUAGCCUAAACACGCAACAAUAACACCUAGAGAAACAACAACAAGAACAACAAGAACAACGACCAGCAACCGGCAUAAACAAACACAACAACGCCACACACACAAAGACAUGAAGGACAGCUGCCAGGAAGUGAGACAGAGACCCAGCCAGAAGCUGUCGGAUGCCAAGCGAACAGUGUGCCAGAGCCAGAGCCAGAGUCCCAGCCAGCUAGAGACCGUAACUGCUGCCCAAUUGCUGAAUUUAUAGAUCUCCAGAUAUAUCAGAUAACAGUAAAUUGAAAUCAAUUGCGCACAAGCAGCAGCAGCAGCAGCAUCAGCAACAGCAGCAGCCGUAGGAAAACCCAUAUAGCCAACGGACUAGGGAAAAGAGAAACGACGCCGGAACGACAGAGGUGGCUGUAAUGACAACAAUUGACGCGAUGUAGCGCAGACUUAUGGUCGGCGAACGCGACAGAGACCGUGAGGCGGUACGCUGGGCAACGGGUGAAACAACACCGCUUCAAAACAAUAAUGGAGUGUUACAAAUGGUCGGGCAAUUGCAUGGUGGACAGGCUGCUAGCCAACAACAGCAACAGCAACAGCAACAACAAAGUCAACAACAACAGUCAAAGCAACAGAAACUUCAACAGAAACAGCAACAACAACAACAGCAGCAGCAACAACAACAUCCGGAACUGUUUUAUCAGCAACACGAGGCAGCUGCGCGUGGACUGCAGCUUGCGGGAACAGCCGACGGCGGCGAUAAUCAGCCCUAUUACGAUACAAGCGGUAAUGUCGAUUGGGAGAGAGCGAUGGGAACCGGUGGAGCUAGUUCAUAUGGUUGCGUCGGUGGAGCUGUCACAGCAGCUGGCGGCGGUGCUUAUAACAGUGGGCCAACUGUUGCCGGCGGCGCUGUUGUCGCCAACAAUCGGCACUUGGAUUAUGCUGAUGGCAUCGGCAUUGCUGGCCCAUCCGCCGCACCAGCAGCAGCGCACGCAGCAGCUGCUGCUCUCGGCCUGGGAGCUGCUGGUGGAGGCGGGAACGUUGCAGCGGGGCCGGUCGCAGGCGCCGGGGGGGCUGUCGGUAGCAGCACCGGGGCCAUUGGCAAGGAAGUUCGUUACGCUCCAUUCCCAGUUACAUCACCAACGCAUUCAAAUCCCACAACUUCCCAGCAGACUCUUGCGCAGCAGCAGCAGCACCAGCAGCAAAUGGCACUUGGUGGUGGGGCAGGCGGCGGCGGAGGUGGUGGUAGUGGAGCCGGCAGCGGCAUUGCUGGUGGCAGCAUUGGUGGCCCCGCUAGCAGCAGCCUCGGCGGCGGUGUGGGCGGCCUGGGCGGUGUUGGCGUCGGCGUCGGCGUUGUUAUGCUACCGCCAGGUGGCGGCUCGCAUGCCGGCAUCAGCCAUAGCAAUACAACCGGCGCCCUGCAGCGGACACAUUCCAGAUCCAUGUCCUCCAUACCGCCACCGGAGCCGUUCAUGAUAGCGCAGUCGAAGCAGAUGAACAGCCGCGUCUCCAUCAAUGUGGGCGGAGUCAAGCACGAGGUGCUGUGGCGCACAUUGGAGCGCCUGCCCCACACGCGGCUGGGCAGGCUAAGGGAGUGCACCACCCACGAGGCCAUCAUAGAGCUGUGCGAUGAUUACUCGCUGGUCGACAACGAGUACUUCUUCGAUCGUCAUCCGAAGAGCUUCAGCUCCAUUUUGAAUUUCUAUCGCACCGGGAAACUGCACAUUGUGGAUGAGAUGUGCGUGCUUGCGUUUAGUGAUGAUCUGGAGUACUGGGGCGUGGACGAACUGUAUCUGGAGUCGUGUUGCCAGCACAAGUACCAUCAGCGCAAGGAGAACGUGCACGAGGAGAUGCGCAAGGAGGCCGAGUCGCUCCGGCAGCGGGACGAGGAGGAGUUCGGCGAAGGUAAAUGCGCGGAGUACCAAAAGUAUCUCUGGGAGCUGCUUGAAAAGCCCAACACCAGCUUCGCGGCUCGGGUUAUCGCAGUGAUAUCCAUACUAUUCAUAGUCCUGUCUACCAUAGCCCUGACGUUGAACACCCUACCACAACUACAACACAUUGACAAUGGUACACCACAGGAUAAUCCGCAAUUGGCAAUGGUUGAGGCCGUGUGUAUCACGUGGUUUACCCUAGAGUACAUACUUAGGUUUAGCGCCUCACCGGACAAGUGGAAGUUCUUUAAGGGCGGCCUUAACAUAAUCGAUCUAUUGGCAAUACUCCCAUACUUUGUUUCGUUAUUUUUAUUGGAAACGAAUAAGAAUGCAACGGACCAGUUCCAGGAUGUGCGCCGGGUGGUGCAAGUAUUCCGCAUCAUGCGCAUCCUGCGAAUCCUUAAGCUGGCCCGUCACUCAACGGGCCUGCAGUCGUUAGGCUUUACGCUGCGUAACUCAUAUAAGGAACUCGGUCUACUAAUGCUGUUCCUGGCCAUGGGCGUUCUCAUAUUUUCUUCGCUGGCAUAUUUUGCCGAAAAGGAUGAAAAGGAUACAAAAUUCGUUUCAAUACCGGAAACAUUUUGGUGGGCGGGUAUUACAAUGACAACUGUUGGCUACGGGGACAUCUAUCCCACAACUGCACUGGGAAAGGUUAUUGGUACUGUGUGUUGCAUAUGCGGUGUUCUGGUAAUCGCUUUGCCUAUUCCCAUCAUCGUUAACAAUUUUGCUGAAUUUUAUAAGAAUCAGAUGCGGCGCGAGAAGGCCCUCAAGCGUCGCGAGGCACUCGACCGUGCCAAGCGCGAGGGCAGCAUUGUCUCCUUCCAUCAUAUCAAUCUGAAAGAUGCGUUCGCCAAAUCAAUGGAUCUCAUCGAUGUGAUUGUCGACACAGGCAAGCAAACAAAUGUUGUGCAUCCGAAAGGUAAAAGACAAAGCACCCCCAAUAUAGGCAGGCAAACCCUUGACGUACAAAGCGCUCCAGGACACAAUCUCUCCCAGGCGGAUGUCGAUGGCAAUAGCACAGAGGGCGAGUCGACCAGCGGCCGCAAUCCGGCGACCACGGGAAUGGGCUGCUAUAAGAACUACGACCACGUAGCCAAUCUGCGAAACUCGAGCAUGCAUCAACGUCGUGGUUCCAGCUCUGAGAAGGAUGCAGUGCCGCCCUACAGCUUCGACAAUCCGAACGCCAGGCAGACCUCGAUGAUGGCCAUGGAGAGCUACAAGCGAGAGCAGCAAGCAAAACUCCUCGCCCAGCAGCAGCAGCAGCAGCAACAGCAGAAGCUGCCUCCUGCUGCACAGAUGCCAGCUGGCGGGGUUGCCAACAACUUGGCCAUGGUUGCUGCCUCGAGUGCUGCCACAGCUGUAGCUACCUCCGGGAGUGCUGGGCAGGAGAACGGCGAGGCAGGAGCAGCAGCUGCCUCCGCCAAAGGAGAGGAUGACAUGAGCCUGGCGUCGAACCAGAAGGGAUUGCCCAUACAGAUGAUGAUAACGCCCGGGGAAGUCGCCGAGCUGCGCCGCCAGGUGGCGCUCGAGAACCUGCAAAACCAGCGAAUGGACAAUCUGGAGCAGGAUGUGCCAGUGGAAUUCGAAUGCUGCUUCUGCACAACCAAGGACUUUAAGGAGUACACCGAUGCGGAGGGCGUCAUCUCGCUUCCAACUUCCGACUUCCACAAGCCCAUCUGCCAGGAGCUGCGCCAGGCUGCAGCCAAUCGCCACGCCAAUCAAUUCGGCCUGCUGGCGCCCGCCGCUGCUGCCACACUGCCUCUGGUCCCGGCGUACACCAGCGCCAGCGCCAUGAUGCCCAUCAUUUCGCAGUCAUCGUCGACGUCGUCUUCGUAUGGCACGACCACGUCCACGACCAUUGCUCUGCCGCUGGAGGGGACGCAGCGCUUUGGAGCGCCCAUUGCGAGCAAUUUCAAUCACAACUACAACAACAACUUCAACACGACGACUGUGGGCGCUGGGGGCGUGGCGAACGGCCUGCUGCUGUUCGGCAACGGCAACUACGGUGCCAGCGGCAGCAACGGCAACGGCAACGGCAAUGGCAACGGCAACAACAACAACAACAAUGCUGACCUGGCCAGCGUGGACAGCUCGGACACAUACGCCAGCUGCCAGACACAUCCAUUCCUCUCGCAGGGUGAUCUCACGGCCGACUUCAAUGACGAGGCCUGUGCGCUGGACAUCGAUAUGGACAAUCUGUACAUAAAUCCGCUCGAGAAGGAGUCCUGCCGGGGCACCCACAUCAGUAGCUCCACGGGCUUCAUUGUAGGCCUGCCGCCCACCAUGUCCUCCUCCGGCCUGUCCAUGCGCGCCCAAGUGAAGAAGAGCGCCUCGGGCGACACGGCGCUGCGGAACCUGGCGGCGGGUGGCAUCAGUCCGAUGGGCGAUGUCUACCAGAGCUUCGAUGUGCAGGAGCGUGGCAGCCGUGUCAGCUUGAACGAGAACUCAGUGCCAAAGCAUCGCAAGACGCGAUUCCAGCAGAGCUUCACGGCAAUGCGACCCAGCCCGCAGGCCAGCAGCACCAAGCCGCGUGCCCGGUUCGAGGACACUAAGCUGUACGACGACAACGUGCGCCUAGACGGAGGAGGCGUCUCGGGUCCAUCCUCAUCCAGCGGCAGCUCCGCCGCGGGUGCCGCUGGCAGCAAGAAGAAGCGGUCGGCGUUUAUGCCGGCCAAGAGCCUAGCCACUGCCACCAAACUGAUCAAUCAGCGUUUGUUCGGCAUACAAAAUGCGGGCGCCAAAGCCAAAUUUGAGAGCAAGCAUUCCUCAUCGAUAGACUCGAUCGACGCGUCGCCGAACCUGGAGCACCACCGGCGCUCCAAGUCGAUAUUGAAAAACAAGUCUGAUAUCUCACGCGUGCUGUCCGAUCCUGAGAGUGAGCGUCUAUUGGCGGACAAUAUGUCUGGGUCGGGCGUGUCAGAUAACGGCACCGUCAUGGGCGAAUCUGGCAGCGACUACUCACCGAAUAAAUUACCUCAUUCAGUUUUAGCUAAGUCUAUAUCCCCACCACCCCUUAGGCACCGCAGCCUAAUGAAUCAACGGUCCGGACCAGCGACGUUGCAAUCGAAACCAACCAAAUUCCAGACUCCCCGGUACCCCGAGGAGCAGGCACUGCGGCAGGUCAAGCCCGUACUCUCGCGGUCCUCAGCCGCAGCAUCGGCUUCCAGCGAUGGGCGCUACGAUUCGAGUCAGACGAGGGAUAGCAGUCUGGAUUCCGAGACGACUUUCACAUCACCCGCUCGGCAGCCACAGGCACAGGAGGCGCCCACCAAGCCGCAGGACAAAACCACCGGCGUCGGAGAGCCGGAAGCGGACAUGGAAGGAGCGGGCGAGGGCGAAGGCGAGGCCAACGACGAGCAGCGAGCGCUGCUGCAGCUACAAAAUGCAGAUGAGCCGGCCAGGAGUGAAGAAGGCGAGGGCAGCGGUGGGGCUACGUAGCAAUUAGUCAACACUCACACGAAAAGCGCUUAGUAGUUAUUGUACUAUAUAAACCAAAAACAAAAACAAAAAAACCUAUGGAAAA